AGCAGCAGAGAGACACACAGAGGGACUUUGACUCUCCUUUGUGAGAAAACCUACUCCACUCCACUCCUUUCUCAGAGAGCACUCUCUUACCUCCUUCACAGCAACUCCAAGACCAGACCCUCACACAGACACCAUGACAAGCACAAGGUCUAUCAGCUACAGCAUCGGUGGUGGUGGUGGCAGCAGUGGUGGCUCCAUCAGGAAGAGCUACUCCAGUCAGUCAGCCUACGCUGUUCCUGCUGGCUCCAGCAGGGUCAGCAGUGUAACCAGCAUCAGGCGAUCCGGUGUGGGUGCUGGCCCAGGUUUUGGUUCUGGGUUUGGGAGUGCAGGCGGCAGCUACAGCUUCAGCAGCAGCAGCAUGGGUGGAGGACAUGCUGGAGGAUAUGGUGGAGGAUAUGGUGGAGGCAUGGGUUUUGUCCCAGCGCCCAUCACUGCUGUCACAGUCAACCAGAGCCUGUUGGCACCCCUCAACUUGGAAAUUGACCCCACAAUUCAGGCUGUCCGCACUCAGGAGAAGGAGCAGAUUAAGACACUCAACAACCGUUUUGCCUCCUUCAUUGAUAAAGUGCGCUUCCUAGAGCAGCAGAACAAGAUGCUGGAGACCAAAUGGAGUCUCCUCCAGGAACAGACCACCACCCGCUCCAACAUCGACGCCAUGUUUGAGGCCUACAUUUCUAACCUGCGCAGACAGCUUGAUGGCCUGGGUAAUGAGAAGAUGAAGCUGGAAGGAGAGUUGAAGAACAUGCAGGGCCUGGUUGAGGACUUUAAGAACAAGUACGAGGAUGAGAUCAACAAGCGUGCUUCUGUCGAGAAUGAGUUUGUCCUGCUUAAGAAGGAUGUUGAUGCUGCCUAUAUGAACAAGGUUGAGCUGGAGGCCAAGGUUGAUGCUCUUCAGGAUGAGAUAAACUUCCUCAGGGCAGUCUACGAGGCUGAGCUGCGUGAACUCCAGUCUCAGAUCAAGGACACAUCUGUUGUUGUGGAGAUGGAUAAUAGCAGAAAUCUCGACAUGGACUCCAUUGUGGCUGAAGUUCGUGCUCAGUAUGAGGACAUUGCCAACCGCAGCCGUGCCGAGGCCGAGAGCUGGUACAAACAGAAGUUCGAAGAGAUGCAGUCCUCUGCUGGUCAGUAUAGUGAGGACCUCCGCUCAACCAAGACCGAGAUUGCUGAGCUCAACCGCAUGAUCGCCCGCCUGCAGAAUGAGAUUGAUGCCGUCAAAGGACAGCGUGCCAACCUUGAGGCUCAGAUCGCUGAGGCUGAGGAGCGUGGAGAGAUUGCAGUGAAGGAUGCCAAACUCCGCAUCAAAGACCUUGAAGACGCCCUUCAGAGAGCCAAGCAAGACAUGGCCCGCCAAGUGCGUGAGUACCAGGAGCUCAUGAACGUCAAACUGGCAUUGGACAUUGAAAUCGCCACCUACAGGAAGCUGUUGGAGGGAGAGGAGAACAGACUGACCAGUGGUGGAGCUUCAGCCACCAUUCAUGUGCAGCAGACCUCUGGAGGUGGAGGAAGUUACUCAGGAAGCAGCUCUGGAUUCGGCUAUGGUGGUAUGGGAGGUGGAUAUAGUAGUGGUAUGGGAGGUGGAUACAGUAGUGGUAUGGGAGGUGGAUUCAGUGGUGGCUCCAUCACCAAGUCCAGUGUCUCCACCAUCAGCAGUAAACGCUAUUAAAAAGAAGCAGCCCCCCACCGUCUGCCCCAACCCAACCCUAUCCAUGUACCUUCUUUACCUACCUGCAACUAGAUCACUCUGAAACAUCUUGCAAAUUAAACCAACAAUGUUGCUAUUUUGCUAUUCUAGUCAAACUGCUAUCACCUGUUGAAGAGGAGAUGAGGACAUAAUUUCUUAAACACAAAGUUUUAGGUUGUUCUGUGCCUUGAUGGUAGUUACCGAUAACAUCUCUGGUGGUGUCACUGCCAUUUUGAAUUAUCCACCCAACUCUGUUGAAAAUAACACUAGGAAGAAUGUAAUGGGAAAAUGUUUCUCCCAUCCAAUAAAUUGUUUUUAUUUCUGCACUGAAAAGUCUGGGGAAAUAGAGAGUUGAUAGAAAUAUAUACACAUAGAGAACAUUGAAGCAAAUUAGACCCUUACGAUUCUCAUUAGUAUGACCACAAGCAGUACCAUGGGUCCGAGAUUUGCUAUAAAUGUCCUGAUUGAAUGUUUUGUGCUGUUACAAACUCACUGGUAUAUUUAAACUGUUAAUUAGAUGACUACUAUGACUUUUGGCAUUAUGUAAUGUCUGUUAAUGUCAGCUUACUUAUUUGCUUAAAAAAGUAUAUGACUGUCAGCAUUUCACUGAUGACAAUGAAUAUUUGUGUGCUACCAAUGUCCAGUUAUCUCACAUACCAGGCUGGAACAGCAUAAAAACACACAAAGUGGCAUUUCUGAGGACUAUACCACCUAAACCUUAAUGUACUUGCUGAGUUGGAAGCUGAGAGCGAAUAUUUUACAAUCCCUCUCUUAUAAAUGGUUCACUUGAAAAACAUAACAGUGACCAUGUUCAACAAGAGUUAUUUUGUAUUGAUUGACUUUACACCAAACUAAAUUCUGAAUACAAUAAAUCUGAGACCACAA